AUGGCGGAGACGAAGGCCAAGAGACUACUUAAAGUGGAAAUCAGAUUCAGCUUUCUCGUCCCAAUUCGAUUCACUAACAAGAGUGAUGAUUCCGAGGGAUUGAAAGAUAGGGUUGCUGACGAUUCGAAUUUGCUGAAUGAGCUCGAAGAUUGGGUUGCUCGGAUUUGUAAGAUCAGUUACAGUGGAAGUUUUGCACAUCGCGACACAGUGAAGUAUUUGAUAAAAAUGAACGCUUGGGAACUUGUCAUCAGUGUUUUCUCAGCUUGGUAUUGUGGUAUUUGCUCGAAUCCCAUUUUCACUGUCUAUCUGGAUUCUGUUGGAAACGUGGCGAAAGUAGAGGUUGAUGAAGACGAGGUCUUGAGUAGAAGAAGAUCAGGUCUUGAUGAUUUGGAAUCAGUGAGUUCUAAGCUUGUAUAUGCGAAGAAAUUAGCUGAACAAAUGGAGAAUGGGGAAUAUGUGACCCAUAAGGAUACUUCUCUUCUCAAGUUCGUUUCUUCUUCUUCUUCUUCUUCUUCAGAGGAAGAGUUUCGUUUCGUUAGCUCAAUCCAAAACGCAAUUCUUCGUCUUGACUUAAUUCCAAAGUUGCCGGCGAUUGGAAGAGCUCUUUUGUUUGGUUACAUUGGACUCUGGUUGCUGAAGACGGUGCUUGUGUAUAGGAAGAGUAAUGAGGUUGAGUGUACAGAGUUGGAGAAGGAGAUGAUGAGGAGAAAGAUGAAAGCUUGGGAGGAAAGGGAUAUGUCGGAGAAAGGUACCGUGGAAGUUUUGCACAAGGAGGGCUUGGAAAAGCCAUUGAUGUCAUUUGAGAAGCCUAAGUUUGAUCGGAAUGAACUUAUGAGUAGCAUAUCUAAAGUUAAGGGUUCAGAGAAGAAACUGGAACUCGUGAAUUCUUCUCAUGUUGAGCUGGACUUUGAUGAUAAGAUCCAUGAAAUCAAAGUAAUGGCUAGGCGAGCACGGGAGAUAGAAGCUGGCAUAGAACUUAAUGAAAAGGAGAAGCGCGAUGUGAACAAAGAAACAGGCGACAGUGAUGAAGAUAUAAGCAUUCAGUCACAGAAGAGUCUUCCACAUGACGGUUUGACACACAGUGUAGGUGAUGAUGAUAAAGAUGAACGCUUGGGAACUUCGACUGACAGUGAGAACACUGAACUUUCUGCUUUUGCUGUUCCGAUGUUGAAUGGGGCUAUGGUAGAUUCUGGUUUUCCGAAUCAUGAAAUGGCAGCAUCUGACAAAAAAAAGGUGAGUAAUGUGGUACCACUAGUUCCUACAGACGGAGUCAUCCAAGCUUCUGAUGUCACUAAGGAUCAGUUAAGUAUGAUGAAGAAUAGCACUGGUCGAAAGUCACGGGUCAUACGGUCUGUAAAAGAGGCUAAAGAGUUCCUUUCAAGAAGAAGUGGUGAGAAAGAGCUUACUCAGGAACUUUCUCAGAUGGCCCAAGACAGUGAUGAAAUCUUCCCAAAACAGAGCGACGAAGAGCGUGGUGUAGCUAGAAAACACAAAUUGGAUGUUGAUUCUCAACCCCAAAAGAAUGACUACCAAAAACUCUCAGAAACUGGGAAUGCAGUUAAGGGAUCGAGUUCAAAUAAAAGAGAAGAGCUCAAAUCAGCCAAAAGCUCUUCUGGUGGUACUGAACAUAUAGAGAAGGAAGAACCAUCAGGAAAGGAGAAUUGGAUAGAGAAAACUACCAUGAAUUUGAGCCUAGAGAGAGAAACUCAGGAGCCUGGUACGAUUGCUGAUAUUGCAGAACUUUACCGCAGUGAAUAUAAUGAUGAGCUUGAGUGGAUGAAGGACGAAAAGCUAAGAGACAUUGUCUUCUGUGUUCGAGAUAAUGAGCUGGCUGGUAGGGAUCCAUCUCACCUGAUUGAUGCUGAAGAUAAAGCUAUAUUUUUGCAAAGCUUGGAGAAGAAAGUUGAGAAAGAAAAUGAGAAACUGUCUCAUCUGCAUCAUGUGUAUGAUCCACUAGAAAAGAUCAUACCGAGAUGGAAAGGGCCUUCGCUUGAUAAGAACCCCGAGUUUCUCAAUAACUAUCAUGAACAGCGUGAAGCACUGUUUUCUGGAAAAGCUGCAUCUGUAUCUCCUGUGAAAUAUGAAGAACAGAGCUCUCAUCAGGAAUUAUCAGAGUCUGCUUCCUCUGAGAACACUCUCACCCCUUCAUCAGAAAUUACCUCAAGCCAGCCAAAGAUUGUUGUAGAAGGAAGUGAUGGAUCUGUUAGACCUGGUAAAAAAUCAGGAAAGGAGUACUGGCAGCACACGAAGAAGUGGUCACGUGGGUUCCUUGAGUUGUACAAUGCAGAGACUGAUCCAGAAGUGAAAGCUGUUAUGAGAGACAUGGGAAAAGACUUAGACCGAUGGAUUACAGAAGACGAAAUCAAAGACGCAGCUGAUAUAAUGGAAAAGCUGCCAGAGAGGAACAAGAAGUUCAUGGAAAAGAAACUCAACAAACUCAAGAGAGAGAUGGAGUUGUUUGGUCCGCAAGCUGUUAUGUUAUCAGUGCUGUUUAAAGUGUAUGGGGCUAUGGUAGAUUCUGGUUUUCCGGAGCAUGAAAUCGCAGCAUCCGACAAAGAAAAGGUGAGUAAUUUGGUACCACUAGUUCCUACACACGGAAUCAUCCAAUCUUCUGAAGCAGAGUAUUGUGGUAUUUGUUCAAAUCCCAUUUUCACUGUCUAUCUGGAUUCUGUUGGAAAUGUGGCGAAAGUAGAGGUUGAUGAAGACGAGGUCUUGAGUAGAAGAUCAGGUCUUGAUGAUUUGGAAUUAGUGAGUUCUAGGCUGCAGAAGGUUUUGGAAGAUCAGAUUUCAGGAUUAGACAAACUUGUACAAUUACAAGCCAAAUUUAAGAAUGCACUUGAGGAAGCAGUUUUAGCAGAAAAUGGGGUCGAGAAUAAUUGUAGAGAUGCUGAAAUCAGCUGCCCAGAUUCCUCUGCGCCUUAA